GAGAGAGAGAGAGAGAGAGAGAGAGUCAUUUCUCACCGGCCCACGGAGAAAAAUGGGAACGCCUUCGCCUGAGGAGAUGCAGAAAGAAACCGUACAAGUUUCUAGGGGCUUCUAGAAGCAGAGACGGGGAUCCGACUCCCCACCCAGCCGACUCACCCUCCUCCCACUCCUCGCCGGAAUCCGAAACGUUCCACCGCCAGAAGGCUAAUGCAGGAUUUCCAGUCGAUACCGGGUGUUGCCGGCCGCAUCUUCGGCGGCGGGGAGGACCUACGGCGGCUGAGGGGGUACCCGGCGGCGGCGGCGGCGCAGCAACCGCCGAUCAAGUGCCCGCGGUGCGACUCCACCAACACCAAGUUCUGCUACUACAACAACUACAACCUCUCCCAGCCCCGCCACUUCUGCAAGGCCUGCCGUCGCUACUGGACCAAGGGUGGCGUCCUCCGGAACGUCCCCGUCGGUGGAGGCUGUCGGAAAACCAAGCGCUCCUCCUCCUCGUCCUCCUCCAACUCCAAGACCGCCAAGUCCUCCUCCGCCGGCGGCGAUAGAGACAGCCACCGGCCCUCCGCCUCCCUAUCCAGCAGCGACGACUGCAGCCUCACCGCCCCCAACACCGAGGUCUCCACCUCCGCCUCCUUCCCCGACUCUACCCUCUUCGCCCCCUCCCAGACCUCCCUGCCCAACCCUCCCUUCCAUCCGCCGCCGCAACCGGUGGGGCCGGACACCCUUGGCCAGCAGGCGCCGGAGAUCUUCACGGAAGCGGUGGGGGCAAGCAGCUUCACGGGACUGAUGCCCGCCGCCGCCACUUCACCAUCGGUUCUCCGGUUCAACUUCUCCGAUCCGCCGCCGAUCCAGCUCGGACCUCAGCAAUCGCCGCCGAAGGCAGCGGCCACGGUAGCGGAAGAGGUCAGGAUGCCGGGAAUCAUGGAUCAGACGGUCCCCGUGGAUCUACCGCCGUUCCAGGGGCGAUCGGGCGGUGGCGACGGGCACACCGGGCUGGAGUGGCCGGCAUCGGUGGACCCUUCUCUUUUCGAUCUCACCAGCGCCGUCGAUCCGGGUGCGUACUGGAACCAGAGCCACUGGGGGGACAACGAUCCCUCCCUCUAUCUACCGUAAUUAAUCCCUCGUUAACCUCCCCUAAACUAUAAUUAUUAAGGAAAGGAUGAUUUUAUUUACCAAAAAAGAAAGGAUGUGUGUAACUCUUUUUAUUAUGGAUGUGUUUGUUUUUUCUUUACCUUUUUGUCGAUAGUGAUGGCUUUUACGACUGACUUGCUUUAUUAGUUUGUUUCCAAAAUUAUAGAAAUAAAGAACAAAUUGGAACGAA